CUGAGCGCUGACGGACUCGCAUCCUGGUCGCGCUCCAAGGCAUCACGCUCCUCUUCUUUUCCUUCUUGUGUCUUGCCCAACCCGUUGUAGUCCUUCUCCCGCAGCCCUCGAGCUCAUCUGGCCUCCGCCGCCAUGACCUUGAUCCGGCUCACUGAUUGCCCCUGCAGCAAGCGCAUGUAUGACAAGCGCUUUCGAGAAUGGGGCGUUUUCAAGAAUGUCAACAGCGACGAGAGAACAAGGGCUGCCCGGCGUGCUCACGGCUCCGCAUCGGCCACCGGCCUGGGCGGCGACAACGACAACAACUUCAGCCAAGAGGACCUGCGCCGGACCAUACAGUGCGCCAGGACCAUUCAGCAGGGUGUGAAGAGAGCACCUACGGCAGAAUGGGAGGUCCCUUCAAUCGCGGCCCAGGACCUCGGUCCUCAGCAUACCAACCGGCAACCCAGGAGGAGCAUCAGCAUCCCGGACCUGCUCGGAGAGGGAUCGUCCUCUUCCUCCUCUCAGUCCGCUGAUCGGAAGAACUCCCUCCACAAUCCUUCCUCACCGGGCGAUGGGCCCGACAGCACACAGGCCUCAAUCUCCGCGUCUUUGGAUGAGAGCCACCAAGGCAAAGAAAAGCUCGGACACCUCGUCGUCUCGAACGCCUCGGGACCCGGCCUGUCCGCUUACCAAGCCCAGCUCCGCGAUCUAUUCAAGAGCCCUCCCCCCACGCUCACUCCCGACGCGAAAACACGCACAAUGGACUUCAUCACGCUGAAACUCCGGGAAUAUUAUGAUUGGCAACUCGACCAUGUGCCCGAGGGCGUCCUCCCCGACGACUACCUGGGACACCGAUCUUCCGAGGAGUCGGCCAGAUACUGGAGCACCAUCAAGGAAGCCAUCUAUCUCGUCAAGGUCUCAGCCGCAUCCAUGGAUGACUCUGAGCAGCGCCCCGACCGACGAGCCUGGUCUGCAUUUGCCGAAACAGGUCCUCUUGCUGCCGGAGCUAUGACGUCGCAUCCCUUCGACUUCCUUCGGAACCUCUUUGCCACGCUCUCGCCCGCCAACACCAGCGCCCGACCGGAGCUUCGAGGCAUUCUCCUGAAGUUCCUCGCUUCUGAGGCUCAGAGUCACCUCAUGCCCAACCAUCCCAUCUCACAAAUCUGCAAAGCACUGCAGAACGAUGAGGGCUGCCAGGAGAUCUCGCAGCGCGGUCUGCAGUGCAUGCUCGACAUCUUCAAUAGCCGGCUGGGGCGGUCGAGGGCCAUCACCUUCAAGCUCCUGGACUCGCUCGCCACCCUUCUCCGCCGUAGCGGUGAAUACCAUGCCGGCCUAGAAAUCAUCAAUGAGCUGCUCAAGGUGGCCCGUCCGGUGUUCGGACCGGACUCUGAACAAGCACGCUCGGUUGAGAAUGAGCUCGCCCACUUCUACAUGCUGGCUGGCGACUCGGAUGAUUUGGCGCUCGGACAUUGCAUGUCGGUGGUGACGCGCCCGCCAACUUUGGCCUCCACGUCGUCGCAGGAGGAGCCUGUCUUCUACCAGGACGGCAUCGCUGCGCACGCCAUGGAGGAUAUUGCCGAGAUCCACCAGCGCCGCGGCGACCUGGAACAGUGCAUCACCUGGCUGGAGCGCGCCGCUUCGAUCGCGCUGGUUGUCUGGGGCCCCAAGUCCAUUGCCACCGGCCACCUGAUCGACAAAAUGACUAACUUGCAGCGGCAGUUCGGCAAGGAUCUGCUGAGGAGUGCGACACUGUGGGAAUCUGCGAUUGUAUAGGCUGCUGGAUUGUUUGGCAGGAUAUGCUGUUCACGAACUGACGACGUCUUCCAAUCUUUGGCCGUUGGGUAUCACGUACUGAGUAGUUACCUGAGUUGUUUCUCGGUCUCCUAUCCACGUCUCCCAGAAUCACUCCUUUUGAACCAAUUACGCAUCUGAAUCCUCUAUCAUGUGCCUGUGGAUAAAUUUAGUGCGCUCAUCGAGCAAGG